AUGGCUCUCUACCAGUUUCUGUGCACCUCGGCGGUGAUGAUCACUCUCUUAUCCAAAGCCGAAUGCGGUCGUGCUUUCAGCAACAACAAAAUCGUGGGAGGUCAAAAUGCGUCUCCAGGAAGUUGGCCCUGGCAGGUGGUUUUGACCGCUAACAACAUUAGCUUCUGUUCAGGGUCCCUGAUUCACCACCGCUGGGUGAUAACAGCUGCUCACUGCCUCACAGGAGGGGACCUGGACACCACCGAGGUUGUUCUGGGCCGCCACAGCCAGUCAGGAACACACUUGAACGAAGAGACUCGGGGACUCGACAGGAUCGAAUGUCAUCCUUCAUACAGAUUCCUGACCAACGACAAUGACAUUUGUCUCCUGAAGCUGUCGGCGCCGGUGACGUUUACGGAGUACAUACAGCCGGUGUGUUUAGCAUCGGCAGACAGCACCUUCCACGCCGGAGUCAUGAGCUGGAUCACUGGUUUUGGCUCCACCGACCCUGACACAGAUUCUCCGGCCGACGUGCUGCAGGAGGUGGAUGUCCCAAUAGUGGGAAACAACCAGUGCAGAUGUACGUAUCCGCUAAUCACAGACAACAUGAUCUGUGCCGGACACGAAGAUGGAGGGAAGGACGCUUGUCUGGGAGACUCAGGGGGGCCUUUGGUGACCAAAAAGGGUUCUGCCUGGAUCCUGAGUGGAAUUGUGAGUUUUGGUAAAGGCUGUGCCGUGCCGAUGAUACCUGGAGGUUACACCCGUGUGUCCCGGUACCAGGAAUGGAUCAAGAGCAUCACCGGCUACAGUACACCCGCCUUUGUUACCUACGUCUCCUCAGGAGAGGACAGUGAUUUAACAUAUACCUGUUCAAAAUCAUUAGACAGCGAACCGAUCGCAACCAACACAAUUAAAACCACCACAACAACAACAACCACCACAACCCCAGCUACCACAACAACCACCACCAAAAAGAAUAAUAAAGAGCCGCUGACCAUCACCAGGAGUCAGAAUGAAGACUGA